CGCCGCUAGUGAAACAACCACGUGUACUUGGGGCCGGCGGUCUCCGUUUUAGGGGUCUUCUCUUCUGUAAAGUUUUUGCAGUGCUUGCGUGUGUUCCUGUGGCUGCUGCAGCGAGUGAGUAUUACCGGCUGGAGGGGCUACAAUGGCGGAUUCGGGGCGACUAGUGAAGAUGGAGGUGGACUUCAGCGAGGCUGUAGAGAAGAAGCUGCCUGAAGUGCAAGAGAUGGCGAAAAAUGGACAGGUACAGGAGGCACUGGAGAGCCUGCUGUCUCUGGAGAAACAAACCAGACUGGGAUCAGACUCCCAGAGUACUGCCAAGGUCCUCAAGGCCAUAGUUCAGAUGUGCUUCGACCUCCAGGAGUGGGAGCUACUGAAUGAGCACAUUCUGCUGCUCACCAAGAAGAGAGGACAGUUCAAGACUGCUGUGGCCUCGAUGGUGGAACAGUGCUGCCGGUUUGUAGAGCAGACUCCAGACCUACCCAUCAAGCUCAAGUUGAUUGACACUCUCCGGACUGUCACUGAAGGGAAAAUAUAUGUCGAGGUCCCCAGGGCACGACUUACUAUGGAGCUGUCCAAGAUCAGGGAGGCGGAGGGAGAUAUUGCUUCUGCUGCCUCCAUACUACAGGAACUGCAGGUGGAGACGUUUGGCUCCAUGGAGAAGGAUGAGAAGGUCCAGUUUAUCCUGGAGCAGAUGAGACUGGGGCUGGCACGGAAGGACUACAUCCGGACACAGAUCAUCAGCAAGAAGAUCAGCGUCAAGUUCUUUGCCUCUACAACCGACUCUGAAGCUGUUCAGGAGCUGAAGUUGAAGUACUACCGACUGAUGAUAGAGUUGUGUCAGCACGACCACGACUACCUGGCCAUCUGCAGACACUACCAGGCCAUCUUCACCACACCCUCGGUUCAGGAGACGAGCUCCAGUGGCAAGAUGCACUGAAGAACAUGGUACUGUAUGUGUUGCUGGCACCGUAUGACCACGAGCAGUCGGACCUCCUCCACAGAGUCCACCAGGAGAAGAAACUGGAGAAACAGCACAUCUACAUGGAGGUGUUGGAGUGUUUCAAGAGACGAGAGCUGCUCCAGUGGACGGAGUUCUUGGUCAAGUAUGAGGAGGUGCUGAGGGAGGGCAUGCCCGACUGCUCCGCCACUGAAGUGUUUGUGAGUGACACCGAGCUGGGGAAACACCAGUGGGAGGACCUCAGGAAGAGGGUCAUCGAACAUACACCAAUUAGGGUGGUGGCUCAGUACUACACACGCAGGAUUACCAUGCAGAGACUGAUCAGAGCUAAUCUCACUCUCCAUGCGCAGGAAUCAGAAGAGUUCUUGACUCAAUUGGUCAUCAAGAAGACAAUCUACGCCCGCAUCGACAGGCCAGCUGGGGUCGUGAACUUUCGAGAGGUCAAGGACCCUAACGAGGUCCUGAAUGAGUGGUCCCGCAAUCUCAGCAAUCUCUAAUGGCAUCACGCUAGGUCAGCCACGACCCACAUCACCAAUCGUCACCAGAAGGAGAUGAGCACUCCAUCCAAGUUGUAGAAGCUCCAUGCCGUAGACUUUGUGUGUAAUGUAUACCACAUACCGUACUGUGUAGUUUGGCAUUCUUAUUAUGUUUUACUGUGUUG